AUGACGGAAGAAUACGGAGCUAUGAAGGACAUAGACCAAGGAACCGCAAAUAACGAAGCUCAAGAGAUUACUUCGAAUGCUCUCAUCGAAAAAUUUUACUUUGUAAAACUAAGAAAAAAGUUUCGAAAAUGGGAGAAGCUUCAAUCAUUGUCCUAUGUAAAUUUAAUUAUUACCACUAUGGUGUGUUUAACUUCACUUAUAGUCGGCGUUUUUCUCCUGGUCUCUACGAAAAAUGUCGUAGAGUCAAAGGCCAGAAAUACACUUUCUGUUAUUUUUUCUGGAAUAGUGAGCACUUUUAGUCUGUCAGGAAGUCUAGCGUCUCUUAAAAACCUAAUUUUUAAAAGUAAAUUAGACACCAUGAAAAAAUUGUAUGCCGAAGAAAAUGAAUUGGAAGUUACUCGUCGCGGUGGUGAUUGGAAAUUGAAGAAUGAUAAAAAUUCUAAAGAAAUGGGAAAACUGGGACGUGAUAACGAAAUUUAUAGUCGAAAGCCAUUAUAUUUCAUGAGCAAACUGACUGAACAUAUGCGACGCAUGUUAAUAUUUCGGGUUCUAUGGGCCACUCUAUUUUCAAUUAUUCUUUGCGCGCUGGCUGGAAUUUCAAUUUACACCUUGCUUACCGACAGUGACGAAUUUAUAUUUUUACUUAUUGACAAAUUUCUAAUCAUCGUUUCUUCAGUAUUCCUCUCAAUUAUCCUAAGUGUUUUCUUUUUAAUUAAGGUUAUUGUACCACAAUUGGUGGCGGAGCUAGAUGACUUUCAAUUCCAUGACAAAAUCGAACUUUUAGAGUUGUUUAAGAAAAAAAAAUCCAUGACUUUUAAAGUUCUUUCGAUUUUGUUUGGGGUCCAAAUUUUAUCGUUGUAUUUUGUUAUUGGUUUGUUUUUGCCUGUAGGAUUAAAAAUUAGAAGAACCCAAAUGACUGAAAAGGAGAUGAAUGAAAUAAUGCAACUUCUUUCCGGAGUCUCUAAGGCUCCGGAGCCUAAAGAAGAAGUAUAA